AUGUCGCAACCUCUCCAACGAGUCAACAGUUGCUCUGAAGAUGAGCUCCUCUCGGAAUUUUCGAAUAUACUGAUGCCGACAAUCGCCAGCAUGGGUGAAUCCCAAGAAAUCAGUGAUACGGAGCUAUCGGGUCAAUUUGAGAAGAGAACAGUGACUGGAGAAGAGGGUGAGAACGAGCAGAUGCAGAAGUUGCGAUCCGCCAUCAACUGCCACCAAGACAUAUUCGAAGCCCUCCGCGACAAAAUCCGAUCACUGAAAAACAGAGUGUUCGAUCUGGAAUAUGAAGCACAAGAAUAUCGAAACGAGAUUCGUGAGAGUUGUUGA